CCUUAGCAACCAGCGCGGCUCCCACCAUGGCUGAAGAAGAGGAAGGUGCUGUCCGGACGGAGAAAGUUAUUCGGAUCCAGAGGGUGUUUAUAAACCUGCUGGACUCAUACAGCAGCAGAAACAUCGGGAAGUUUCUCUCUAACUGUGUAGCUGGGGCUUCACUUGAGGAAAUUCCAGAAGAGGAAGAGGAAGAUGAAAGUGGGUUAGUCCUGCCAGAAACCUCCUCAUUCAAGCUGAAGGAAGGCACGUUCCAGAUCGUGGGCACCAUUUCCACCCCCGGAGCCCCCCAGCCCAGCUUUGCUCUGGAGACCUACUCGCAUGCCGUCUCUCGAGAAGAGCUGCUCAUGCACCUGCUGGAGUGUGACGUUAUCAUCUACAACAUCACUGAGAACGCAGAGCAAGCGGAAGAAGCCAUCUGGGCGGUCUCCGCACUGAACGAGGAAGUCAGCCACUUUGAGAAGCGGAAGGUGUUUAUUUUAGUUUCCACGGUGAUGACCUGGGCGCGAACCAAACCCCUGGACCCUGAUGAUUCUGAGAUUCCAUUUACCGAAGAGGAUUAUCGCAGGAGAAAGCACCAUCCUCAUUUUCUGGACCACAUAAAUGCUGAAAAAAUGGUCCUCAAAUUUGGAAAAAAUGUCAAAAAAUUCACGACUUUCGUAGUUGCUUCUGGACUUCAGUAUGGAGUGGAAGGAGGCAUCUUACACUAUUUUUUAAAGUUAGCCUGGCUGGGUGAGGUCCCUGCACUACCAGUGUUUGGGGAUGGAUCAAACAUAAUUCCAACCAUUCAUGUCCUUGAUCUCGCAGGAGUGAUACAAAACAUAAUAGACCACGUGCCGAAGGCUCAUUACCUGGUUGCUGUGGACGAGUCUGCCCAGACCCUGGAGGACUUAGUCAAGUGCAUCAGUAAGAAUACUGGCCCUGGGAAAAUUCAGAAAGUACCCCAAGAAAAUGUUUUCCUAACCAAGGAAUUAACGCAAGAGAGCAUUGACCACUUACUGGUCAACCUGAGGAUGGAAGCCUCCUGUGUGAAGGAGAAUUUCAACAUGCGCUGGGUCGCCCAAGCGGGCUUCGUGGAAAACAUCAACACCGUCCUCAGGGAGUACAAGCAAAGCAGAAAAUUACUGCCCAUUAAGGUUUGCAUCCUCGGUCCCCCCGCGGUGGGGAAAUCCAGUGUCGCGGAAGUGCUGACCAAGUACUACAGACUACAUCACGUCAAACUCAAGGACGUCAUUUCUGAGGCCAUAGCAAAACUGGAGGCCGCAGUGGCGCCGAAGUAUGGAGGGGAAGGAGACGAGGAAGGUGAGGAAGAGGAAGAGGAAAACAACAUGGAAGAUGCACAGGAGCUCUUGGACGGGGUCAAGGAGAGCAUGGAGCAGAACGCAGGCAGACUGGAAGAUCAAUAUGUAAUUCGAUUUAUAAGAGAAAAGCUGAAGUCUAUGCCUUGCAGGAAUCAAGGUUACAUUUUGGAUGGAUUCCCAAAGACCUACGAUCAAGCCAAAGACCUGUUCAGCCAAGACGAGGAGGACGAGGAAGAAAUUAGAGGCAAAAUGUUUCCCUUUGAUAAAUUAAUCAUGCCUGAAUUUGUCUGUGCGCUGGAUGCCUCGGAUGAGUUCCUCAAGUUCCGGGUGAUGAAUAUGCCCGAGAGCCUGGUGGCGGGCACCCACUACAGCCAGGACCGGUUCCUCCGGGCUCUGAGCAACUACCGGGACAUCAAUACCGAAGAUGAGACGGUGCUCAACUAUUUUGAUGAAGUGGAAAUCCACCCGAUACAUAUCGACGUAGGGAAACUUGAAGAUGCCGAGAACAGACUCACGAUCAAACGGCUCAUCAAAGAGAUUGGGGAGCCUCGAAAUUACGGUUUAACCGAUGAAGAAAAGGCAGAAGAGGAGCGGAGGGUUGCUGAGGAGGCCUUAGCCAAGGAGGUGGCGGCGAAAGCGGCCUAUGAGCGCAAGGAAGCCAAGGAGAGGGCGGAGAAGAUCGCCCGAUGGGAGGAGUGGAAUAAACAACUAGAGGAAGUGAAGAGAGAGGAGAGAGAGCUACUGCAGGCGCAGUCCGCCCCCCUGAGAAACUAUCUGAUGACCUACGUCAUGCCCACGCUCAUGCAGGGGCUGAGUGAGUGCUGCAAGGUCAGGCCGGAGGAUCCCGUCGAUUUUCUGGCAGAGUAUCUCUUCAAAAACAACCCUGCAACACAGUGAAGCUGGAAACCCUCGUGCCAUGACCCUUUACAGAGCUAGAGACGACUUUGACAUUGUAGUUUGAAAAACCGCAUUAAAACCCGCUUUCCUAGUUUUUGGAAAAAAUUUUUUUUUCCUGCAAGCCAAUAUUUUAUUAAGUGAAAUUAUUGUCACAAGCUGCGUGGUGAUGAGUGACUACUUCAUGAAAACUAUUGGGAAGGUAAAUCUGGGGAGGUAAAUUUGGUAAGGCGUCUGUGGCACAGCUUGUGGGACGAACCUCAAUUUGAUAUUUCAUUCCUAGUCUAAGUUGUGUGCAUGCUAAUGUUUCUGGUAAUUUACACUGUGGAGAGAAUCAGACUAUACAUUAUCUGAACAUGUGGGCUAAUGAAUCUGCACAGUUUGUCAUGGCCCAGAUGCCAGUGGCAUUAGAAAUGGAAACACAUUAGGACUGUUUAUGCUCUGUUGAAUCACACAGUAAAUCAGACCUGAUUGGUCUCCACAACGCUGCUGUUUGAGUUCAGGGUCAGUACCCCAACCAGUAUGUCAGAAAGCACUGGAGACCUCUCCAUGGAAAAAGUCAUGUAGCAGAAUGAGCAGUGCUAGUAUUUGCGAUAAUCAGAAAAUUGUCGAAUAUUUUUAGCAAACUAACUGUACAAUGUAGGCAUAAACAAUCAAUCCUGAUGGUCUCUUCCGGCUCUAAAAGCCCUAUCAUUCCCAGAAUUACACUGAAUGAGAAAUUUGUUUAGAUCUAUUUUAAUGGCAUAUCUAUUUGAUCCCUUUAGAUAAUAAUGUUAUAUGAAUACACUGUGCUAUUUUUUUUUUUUUGCACCCUGGCUGGGGAGGGCACUAUUUUUUUUUAUUGUGGUAAAACACACACAACAUAAAAUUUAGCAUUAUAACCAUGUUAGCAUGUAUAAUUCAGCGGCACUAGUACACUCACAGUGCUAUACGGGCACCACCGUCUAGCUCCAGAACAUUCUAUCACCCCAAAUGGAAACCCUCUACUCGUUAAGCAGUCACUCCCCAUUAUCCCCUCUCCACCAGCUCCUAGCAACCACUAAUCUGCUUUCUGUCUCUGUGAGUUUCUGU